AUGACAACAGCAACAUCAACCGCAUUCGCAUUCCCCGCAACCUACAACUUCCCACCCUUCUUCACCCCGCAACCAAAUACCAACACCCGCCACUCCCAGCUCCAAAAAUGGUCCUCCCUAAUCCAAGCAUGGUGUCGUCACCACCGCCAAUACCGACUCUCUUUAAUCGAAGCCAUUGACACGCCGCUCUUCCACAACGCCCAGCUGCGCAAACGACUAGACCUGCGCGAGGCUCGCGCUGUGAUUGACUGGAUGGCCAAGAGUGAGAGUGAAGGCGGCGAUGGGCGCGCGGAGUGGAUCGAGGGGUCCGGGAACCAGGCCCCUAAGUCUACGGCGUGGAUCUGGUGGAGGAGGCCUGAGGAGUGGGCGGAUACGAUUGCGGAUUGGGUUGAGGGGACGGGGCAGCGGGGGGUUAUUUUGACGGUUUAUGAAUUGGUGCAGGGGGAUGGGACUGUUUCGCAAGAAUUCCAUGGAAUGGAUAACGAUGCCAUGCUCAAGGCAUUGAAUGUCUUGGUUAAGCGCGGCAAGGCGCAGGUCUUCGGUGCCGAAGGCCAGGAAGGUGUCAAAUUCUUCUAG